AUGUGGCUUUGCAUCCUGCUUGGUGCUUUCAUGGGCCGUGUCUCUGGGGCCCUUUCUGGACCAAUAGGCUGGAGAUUGCCAGGGAAGAGCCCUCGCUUUGAGCGUCCUGGGGAUGUGGUGAUCGGGGGCAGCUUCUCCAUCUUGCACUUCUAUCAGGUUACCCUGCUUGAUUUCACAGUCCUUCCACCUGGGCUGCCACCUUCAGAAGUUUCCCAGUGGGGCUACCGGGUGGCCCAAAGCUUUGUCUUUGCCGUGGAGGAGAUCAAUAGGAGCCCCCACCUGCUGCCCAACCUGACGCUGGGCUUCUCCAUCCGCAACUCUGGGGACUCCGUGCACGGCGCCCUGCGUGGGACGAUGGACUUUCUCACGGGGCAGGAGGAGCCUGUCCCCAACUACACAUGUCAUCCUGGUCCUCCUCGGGCUGCCAUGGUCGGGGACACGCGGUCAUCCCUGUCUGUGUCCAUGGCCAGGCUUCUGGGGCUGUACAAGUUUCCCCAGGUCAGUUACUCGUCCACGCUGCCCAGCCUCAGUGACAAGACCCAGUUCCCAUCCUUCCUUCGGACCCUGGCUAGUGACCUCACGUCCUCUCACGCGCUGACCCAACUGGUGCUGCACUUUCAGUGGUCCUGGGUGGGCAUUCUGUCCCAGGACGAUGACUUUGGGCAGCAGGCCAGCUCCCUGAUCUCCCAGGAGCUGAGCCAGGCUGGUGUCUGCAUUGAGUUCCACCUCCAGGUUCCUUCCCAGGAGUCUUUGGAGAAGACUGAAGUUAUUGUUCAGAAGAUGCUGAGAUGCACCGCUAAGGUGGUUCUGGUCUUCCUGAGCAACUCGAACUUCCAGCUCAUCCUGCAUGGCUUAGUGCGCCUCCGUGUCGCGGGUCAGGUGUGGGUCAGCAGGCACACUCUGCACUUGGCUCUUGCCCUGAGCCUUCCACUCGUCUCCCAGGUCCUGCAAGGCUCAUUUGGCCUCUUAUAUCACAGCAGCCAGGCACGUGGGUUCCCUGAGUACCUUGCUCAGCUGCGCCCCAACCGGACCCCAGAGGACAUGUUCAUAGAGAGCUUCUGGGAGUCCACCUUUGGGUGCACGUGGCCCCACAGAAACAGCACAGUGAUGGGGGGUGUCAAGUUCUGCUCAGGGAAUGAAAGUCUCAGAGACCGGGAGUUUCCUUUCCAGGAAGUGAGUAAAGUUGACAUUGCUUACACAGCUGUCCACAGCAUCGCCCAUGCCCUGCAAGACCUGAUCACCUGUGAGCGCGGGGACGGGGCAUGCGCAGACCCUCAGCGCUUCCAGCCCUGGCAGAUUCUUCAUGCCCUCAAGAAGGUGCACUUCAAGACUUCUGAUGGGAAUGAGGUUAUGUUUGAUGCCAAUGGAGAUUUGGUGACAAAAUUUGAUGUUUACCAAGGACAGAAGACUUCAGAGGGCCACUUCCACAUGGUGCCCAUAGGCACGAUUGACCCUGGAGUCUUGGUGGGAAACAGAAUGUUGGUCAAUUUGAAGGACGAUCUCCAAGUGCUCAACUCUGUCUGCAGCCAGAGUUGCCUUCCAGGGUUCAGCCAGAUGCCCCGUCAAGGUGAACCCCAGUGCUGUUUUGAUUGUAGCCCCUGCCCUGAGGGACAGUUUGCAGAUCAAAAAGACAUGAAGAGAUGUCUUCUGUGCCCUGAGGAGCAAUACUCGAGCCACAGCAGAGACCGCUGUCUGCCCAGGACAGAGAUCUUCCUGGCCUUUGACGAACCACUGGGACUCGCUCUGGCCUCGGUGGCGCUCUUCCUGGCUGGUCUGGCUCUGCUGGUCCUUGGAGUGUUCCUGAAGCACCGAGACACACCUGUGGUCAGGGCCAACAACCGAGCCCUCAGCUACUUGCUCCUGGCCUCCCUGGCCCUGUGCGCCCUCUGUCCCUUGCUCUUCCUUGGCCGUCCCACUGCGGUCACCUGCCUCCUGCGCCAGACCACCUUUGCUGUGGUGUUCACCGUGGCGGUCUCCUCCAUUCUGGCCAAGACCCUCACAGUGGCCCUGGCUUUCAGGCUCACAAGACCAGGGGACAGGGUCCACAUAUUCCUGGGACCACAGGCCUCGACCUCAGUGGUCCUUGUCGCUUCCUUCACACAGGUCAUUCUCUGUGGCGUGUGGCUGGGCACCUCCCCUCCAUUCCCAGACAGGGACAUGGUCACUGAGCCCAUCCACAUUGUCGUCCAGUGCCAGGAAGGCUCUGGUACUGCUUUCUCAUGGGUGCUGGGGUACCUGGGCUUCCUGGCAGGGGGCACCUUCUCUGUGGCUUUCCUGGCCAGGGGCCUGCCGGAUGCCUUCAACGAGACCAGGUUCAUCACCUUCAGCAUGCUGCUGUUCUGCAGUGUGUGGACAGCCUUCCUGCCCCUGUACCACAGCGCCCGCGGCAAGUCCACUGUGGCUGUGGAGGUCUUCUCCAUCCUGGCCUCCACCGCAGGGUUGCUGGGUGGCAUCUUCAUCCCCAAGUGCUACGUCAUCCUGCUGAAGCCCGAGCAGAACACCUCUGCCUGGGUGAGGCAGGGACAGCGGGCUCGGCAGGAAAGACUGAGUGAGGCUCUCCAGAGAAGCCUUCCUGUGUCCAUGGCGCAAGGCCCCAGGAUGCAGUCCUCGUGGCAGACACCAGGAUCACAUGGCUGGGCUCACUGUUACUGUGGGGGUGAGAAGAAGGAUGAAGAGUGA